AUGGAGAGCGACACCACUAUUAGGAGAAUAAAAGCCAUAUACGGGAAGCAAAACAAUGCAUCGGAAAAGAAGAAUGACUCUCAGGAUCAAUGUGGAAUCAACGGCUGUAGUGAAGUGAAAAAGAAGCCUGAAGUGAGCUUGUAUCUGCUACACGAAGGCGUCGGAGUGGCACUGGUGACUGUAUUCAUUCUGGUGCUGUGGGGAGUCGUUCAUUUGUCAUUACAGCAGCUAGUCAUUGGAAAAUCUACUGGCGAGUUCAAUGCUGUCAGGGCAAGGUAAGUAUUGAUACUGUUGUCAAUUGAAGUGUAGCUAGCUAUAUUCUCAACAAGUUGCAUAUAUAGUAUCUCUGAUAUUAGCCUAAUGUUAUUAAUUCCAUUGCGAUCACUUCCAGUUUGCAAUAUGGCGUUAACGACCCGGGUGUGUGAGCUAACCUUUCCUCUAGUUAUUUAUCUCAGUCGGUCCCACCUAGCUACGCUACAAGCCACCGGUACUAGUUGUCAUUCUAGGUAACCCAUGUCAGGUGUAGCUAACGGUCGGUUGAUAGUAGGAGGGAGUGAAGGAGGACAUUUAAAAUAAUGCUUCUCCAUUGUUUCUUGACAGUUUGUGGCUCUGAUUUAUUCUGUCUGAACAUGUCAAUAGUGAAAGAGAUAUCACAGACACACAUCGACCAAUGAUCCUGUACAUAGGCUAAAUUGAAGAAUUGUACCAUAACACCAUUUUCUAAAUUAGCUACUUAUUUUAUUUCCACCAUUCCCAUAAUAAACAUAUACAAGGCUGCUUUUCAGUUAAUCAGAGAGCAGCUGUAUGCUUAUUUGAUAAAACCCUGCUUUUUGACUACUAGGUAGACAGAGAGGGAGAGAGUAGAAGACAUAAGCCUGAUGAAUGUGUCAGAUGGGACACAUACAGUAGGCUAUAUAAUCUUAGGGCAGCCCUAAUGCAAACAUGCAGGAAGGAACACCUGGAGUCAUUAGGACACUACAGUCUAGUUGACCUAGCCACACCCAUACAGUCCAUGGAAACUUCUUCCUGCUUUUAGUGGCAGAAGGGAAGUGGUAGCCUGGUUCCAAAUCUGUUUGUGCUGUCUUGCCAACUCCUGUGGUAACAAAACUGUUUGGCGCCGUGACAAUGACCAUAGGCUUUGGCAAGAUAGCUCAAACAGAUCUGGGACCAGGCUAGGGAAUAACCAUAGGAGUUGGCAUGACAGCUCAAACAGAUCUGGGACCAGACUAGGUAAUGACCAUAGGAGUUGGCAAGACGGCUCAAACAGAUCUGGGACCAGGCUAGGGAAUAACCAUAGGCGUUGGCAAAACGGCUCAAACAGAUCUGGGACCAGGCUAGGGAAUAACCAUAGGCGUUGUCAAGACGGCUCAAACAGAUCUGGGACCAGGCUAGGGAAUAACCAUAGGCGUUGGCAAGACGGCUCAAACAGAUCUGGGACCAGGCUAGGGAAUAACCAUAGGCGUUGGCAAGACGGCUCAAACAGAUCUGGGACCAGGCUAGGGAAUAACCAUAGGCGUUGGCAAGACGGCUCAAACAGAUCUGGGACCAGGCUAGGGAAAGGGUGGGGGUGAGGGUCUACAUAGGCUACCUCAAUGUCAAACAGCCACAUAGGUCCUCUGGAGUGUCAACUUCCCACUGGUGUCAAAUGACCUAAAGCCUUAUUGGGAUGGAUCUUAUUGUAGCUGCCAGAGUUUUCUCAAACAGAAAAAGUGGAAAGGAAACAGGAAAGGCUUUUCCACUGAAAAACCCAAAAUGAAACGACUAAACAGGCUCUACAGUGUACAGGACUGAUAUGACUAGGUCAACAGUACAGGAUGAAAGAAGUCAUAUCCCACUUCAAAACAUUGCCAUGCUGCCUCGCAAUGUUUUAACUCUACUAAUAUUAUUAUGCACAACAAAUACUAACAUACGUCAGGUCAAAAAGGAUGAUAAUAUUAGGCCUAGCCUACAUUUAGAAGUUAUUAGGUGUGCUUGCUGAAAGCAAAGCACAACUUUAGAAACUGUUCGUACUUAGCAUACUUUAUCAAAAUUAUUGAAGUGAAACUUGAUAGAAACUGCAGAUGUAAGGACAUAGUAGGCCUAGCCUAUACUUAAUAUGCCUCUACCGAUUUGCUGACUCACUCCCUGCAUGCCUUUCCCUGUCUACCAGGAAGCACCUGGAGCGUAUCACCAGCUUCGGUCCCCGUCCCACGGGCAGCCCGGAGAAUGAGGUCCUAACAGUAAAUUUCCUGCUGGAGCAGAUCGAGCACAUCAAGGCCGACAGCGCUUCAGGACCCCACUCUGUCACUGUGGACGUCCAGAGACCCACAGGCUCCUUCAGCAUCGACUUCCUGGGAGGGUUCACCUCCUACUACGACAGGGUCAGCAACAUCGCUGUCCGCCUGGAGCCCAAGGCUGGGGCUCAGCACCUCAUGCUGGCCAACUGCCACUUUGACUCUGUGGCCAACAGUCCAGGUACAACACAACACAACACAACCAAUUAG